AUGGUGCGCCAGUACCGUAGCAACUGCACAAUCUACCAAAGUGGUGGAGAAACGCGUGAGCUCGGUACGGCGUUCAUGGUGCUAGGUGCGAUGCAACAACGGGUGAUUGGAUGUACGCACCUUGGGAGCAAUGAUGACGAGGAGAAGCUCUUCUUUACGCAGCUGGAGAGGGAGUAUGACCGCUGCCCACAACAUGAUGUGAAGAUCGUCAUCGGAGACCUUAAUGCUCAGGUCGGACGGGAGGAGGCAUAUAAACCAACAAUUGGAAGCUUCAGCUCCCACCAGCUGACAAACGACAACGGCCUCAGGCUUAUCAAUUUUGCCUCCUCCAAGCACAUGAGCAUUCGCAGCACCUUUUUCCAGGACGCACCUCGGUUUACCUAUGCCUGGAGAUCACCACUACAAACCUACUCCCAAAUCGACCACGUUCUAAUAGACGGAAGGCACUUCUCUAACAUUAUCGACGUGAAAACGUACAGAGGCGCAAACGGCGACUCGGACCAUUUCCUGGUAAUGGUAAAUCUGCGCCAGAAACUCUCUGUGGUUAACAACCAACGGAGCAAGCCUACCGCAAGGCUCAAUCUGGGUCGGCUGAGUCAAGCUUAUGUGGCAGAGGGGUAUGCGGCUCUCGGGUAA